GGCAGGCCCCGGAUCCCGCACGGAAGCGGCCGGCGGGACAGCGCGUAGGGCAGGACGGCGGGCUGGAGCGGGAGGAAAGCUGCGAGAGGCGCCCGCCUGCUUCCAUUGAGCUUUUCCCGGGGGCUCGGCCGGUGUAGGGGCAGGAGACAGCCCCCUGCGGGGGACGGGCGCUCCGGCCGCGUCCCCGCAGCCUGUCAGGGCCCGGAGCCGGGCGGUCACCGCCGCCCGCGGGGGACAGCAGCGCCAAGCAUGACGGACACCGCCGCGUCCUGCUCUUUGUCCGCCAGCUUGCCGCGGCCCUGCAUCGGGUGGCGCAGGAGACUUUGUCGCGGGGCAUGUCCUGGCCCUGGGAGCGCGGGGAACGCGCCCCGGGAAAAGGCAGCUUUGCCACUGCCUCCAUGCCCUGAGUCGGGGCGGUGCCGAGUUCUCUCUCCCAGCUGUUCAGGUCCCGCUAAUCUCUCUUCACACCCUUGUGAGCUCUCGCUAAAGUCCAAACCACCAGUGAAGAAUAUACGUUCACCAUGGGUGCCCUGGACUUUUGUGGCCUGAAAAGCAAGCAGCUAAAUCGCAUUAAGUAUAGACACCAGGUGUGAGUUACUGAGUGUUUAUCUCUCAUUUGCCAUAGGAGAAGAGUACCCCAGGCUGGUUACCAUGGUUCAGCUGAUAGAAGUUUCAGCAGUGAAGCAUCCUACAAAAAAAGAGAGGAUUAUUUGGAAUGGCCUGAAUAUUUUAUGGCAGUAGCUUUUCUGUCAGCACAAAGAAGCAAGGAUCCAAGCUCUCAGGUUGGUGCCUGCAUUGUAAAUUCAGAAAACAAGAUUGUUGGAAUUGGCUACAAUGGGAUGCCUAAUGGUUGCAGCGAUGAUGUACUACCCUGGACAAGAACAGGAGCAAAUAGAUUAGACACAAAAUAUCCUUAUGUGUGCCAUGCUGAAUUGAAUGCCAUCAUGAACAAAAACUCAGCUGAUGUGAAAGGUUGCAGCAUGUAUGUUGCCUUAUUUCCAUGUAAUGAAUGUGCAAAACUCAUCAUCCAGGCAGGCAUAAAGGAAGUUAUUUUCAUGUCUGACAAGUAUCAUGACACUACAGAAAUGACAGCUGCACGGCGGAUGUUUGAUUUGGCAGGGAAUUCAAGCCAAAGUGUAACAAGAUCAUCAUUGACUUUGAUUCAAUUAACAGCAGACCAAGUCAAAAGCUUCUGUGAAUUAUGUCUCAUUAAGUCUUUAGAAGAGUGUGAUUAUCCUUUUCUAAAAAGCUGCUAAUGCUUUUCAUCUCCAAGUAACUUGCAACUUUUUAAUGGUUUCUGUAGCUGAAGUAGACUUACAAGAAAUCCAAGGCAUAAAAUGUCCUGCUCACUUCAUCUUGUCAUGUGGAAUCUAAAUCUACUUAAAAUUUUUUAUGCCUUUAUCAAAACUGCUUAAAAAGUGGAGGCACAUAGAUGAAACAAUAUAAGUAAAGAAAACUGUUCUGAUUCUUCCUGUAUUCAUCACCACAUGCUCUGAUGGGCUGUCAGCACAGAUUUAGCCUCAGUUUAACAGUACUUCUUGUAACCAGUAGUACAGUGGAAUAUGCUAAUGUAUGUUGAUCUCUGUUGGAUAUGUGAAUCUUAACAGUUGAUCCUAAUAAAGAACAAAGAAUGUUAUCCAUGCAAAUGCUAAUCUUCAAACUAGCAUAACACUAAUAUUGAAAAGGUUUUACAGCUUUAGGAAUGUGUGGCGUUCUGCUUGUUAUCCAACAAAUGAAAUGCUGAUUUUUCUUUUAAUUACUAUCUGACAUUGUCAUAUUUGGGCAGGUUUAAGUGAGGAAGCUGUUCUGAUAAUUGUCCAUUCCUGAGUGAACUUUACAGGUGCUUUCAAAUCCUUGCUUUCCCCAAGACUCCAGAAUUGAAGGGGAUUGAGGGAGUAAAUAGUUCAGUGCUUUACCUCUGGGACUUUCACAACUGAAUUUGUUUUCAUGUGUAAAAGAAAAUAAUUUUGUUGGUCUAUGUUAUGAAUGCACUCUAAGCUGUUCCUAGAUAAUCCAACAUAGCUUAGUCUUAAACUCCGCCUGUAAGGUAACUGAAUCAUUUUUUGUCCUUUGAGAGAAAUUCGAGAUAUUCAACCCAUAUCCAUAUCUGUGCCAAAAGAUGUAAUUAUGAUGUUAGCUUGUUUCCCAGUGCUGACAUAGUACCUCCAUUUUCAUAAAUGUUGCCUAAAAUAAUAUCCUCUUUAAUUUUAUCUUGAGAUCUGGGAAUAGAUUUGAGUUCCUUUUCUCUAAUUUGAUUUUUAAAAAUUAAAUAUGCCUAAUGGCUUUGUUUAGAUAACAUUGGUGGUUGUUUGUUUUGUUGUUUUUGUUUUUUUUAAUGUGGUUAUACUUCAAUGAGCUUUUAUUUUCUCUACAAAAGCUUUGUUUCAUAUUUUGGGACAUUAUGUAAUUUGGCUUCAUACCAGUAUUAUUAAAGUCUUAUUAAAAUCCA